GGGGAAGAGCGAGCCAGCGAGGGAAGGUGUGAAGCCAACGCUGUGAAGCAGAGAGAUAGAGAGGACCAACAGAAAGACACAGGAGACAACUCUGCCAGACAGAAAAAGGAGUAAAAGGAAAAGCGGCGUAUCAAAGAGCCGACCAUUUAACGCCGGAGCAUCGUGUUUUGUCAGAGCCAUACAGGGGUAACUCUUAAUGGAGCCACAGACUGCCGCUUCCCUUUGACCUGUCAACUGUAACACAGACCGAUAACAACAUGGAUGUAAAUCCUCCAAACAGCACUUUUGCCAACACAACACAUCCACAGAUGUCUUCUCACAACAUCUGGGAGGUUAUAGCCAUCACUACAGUGUCGGCCAUUGUCAGCUUGAUAACUGUUGUUGGUAACGUGCUGGUGUUGCUGUCCUUCAAAGUCAACAGCCAGCUGAAGACUGUGAACAACUACUAUCUGCUGAGUUUGGCUUUCGCUGACCUCAUCAUAGGAGUGUUGUCCAUGAACUUGUACACCACAUACAUCCUAAUGGGUUACUGGUCCUUAGGUAACCUUGCUUGUGAUCUCUGGCUGGCGGUGGAUUAUGUAGCCAGCAAUGCUUCAGUCAUGAACUUACUCGUCAUCAGCUUUGACAGGUACUUUUCCAUCACCAGGCCGCUGACUUACAGAGCUAAAAGGACUCCAAAGAGAGCGGCCAUCAUGAUCGGGCUUGCAUGGCUGGUGUCUUUUGUCCUCUGGGCGCCACCCAUCCUGUGCUGGCAGUACUUUGUAGGAGAGAGAAACGUGCCUCCUGACCAGUGCCAGAUUCAGUUCUUAACAGAGCCUGUGAUCAUUUUUGGGACAGCCAUUGCUGCUUUCUACAUCCCUGUCUCUGUUAUGACCAUCCUUUACUGCAGGAUCUACAAGGAGACACAGAGACGCACCAAAGAUCUGGCAGAACUGCAAGGACUUGCAACGGAAAAUGUUCUAGAGGGGACUAAACCUCAGAAAACCAUCAUUCAUUCUUGCUUUCAUUUCACCAGAGAGAGGCGGGAACGCAGUCAGGCCUCCUGGUCUUCAUCUAACCAAAGUAAUGCUACCAAAAUGACCACUAGAUCAGAUGAGGCAUGGGCCAAAGCAGAUCAGAUCACCUCCUUCAACAGCUACUCCUCAUCAGAUGAGGAUGAUCAGCAUGUUUCUAUGGACACCCCACAGGGAUCUUUCAAAGAGCAAGAGAGUGUACAGAGUAAUAAGAAUGGGCAGGUGGGGGAUUACACAGAAGAACUGUACUUCUCCACUCCUAAAAAGAAGAGCAGUAAAAAAAAGUUGUCUUAUAAAUUCAAACCUGGCUCAAAGCCUAAAAACGGCAAACCUAAAACUGCAUCACCCAGCCUGCCUGAAGCAGAGCAGCCUCCUAAAACCGCCUCCCCUUCUGCCUCUGCCUCCUCCAAACCCCUUGACCCCGUCCUGAAGAACCAGAUCACCAAGAGGAAGAGGAUGGUGCUGGUGAAGGAGAAGAAGGCGGCGCAGACUCUCAGCGCCAUCCUCUUGGCCUUCAUCCUCACAUGGACACCGUACAACAUCAUGGUGCUCAUCUCCACAUUCUGUGCCGAGUGCAUCCCCACGUCGCUGUGGCACCUGGGUUACUGGCUGUGCUACGUCAACAGCACCAUCAACCCCAUGUGCUACGCCCUCUGCAACAAGACUUUCCAGAAGACCUUCCGCAUGCUCCUGCUCUGCCAGUGGAGGCGGAGGAGGAGAGGCGAGGACAAGCUGUACUGGUGCAGACAGAACCCAAACGCAAACAACAAAAUGACUUGAUGUGGCAAAUUGUAUUAUUAGAGAAGACUGUUUCACAUGUGGAUUUUCUCGAUGUAUUCUUUAGUCAGUGGUCAUCUUCAGCAUGAAGUGCUGCAUGUAGUUUUUGUGUUAAAGUAUGUGUAGGUGGAAAAUCAGCUGAGCCUGAUGCAGCACUUAAAUGCUGCUCCAGAUUAGGAUAGAAAGUUGCUAUACAUUCUUACAAAGGUAAAAACUAUUAUUCAAAGUCUACUUUAAAUGGGAACUCAACCCAUUUUAUACAUCUGGGUCAAUUUCACCAGUCAUUCAUUUUCCAAUUUUGUUAAAAAAAAACUCUUUCUAGAUUUUUUUGUUGAUUUAUCUUACACUUUCACCAUUUUGAACAUUGCAAGGAAUUCAAGAUUUCAUUUUGAUAAGAGGAAUAUGAAAUGAAUCCCCAUUGUAGUCACACUUUAAAAGCUUGAAGGAAUCAACUUCACUCUCGUGUAGACAGCAGGAACAUUUUAACGUACAUACUGCAUGAGUAAAAACUCUGAACUGGUCCUUUAAACCUCAUAUAACCCUCCUUUAUUCUUUCACCCACUUGCACUGUAUAUAGAGGACAUACUGUAUGCUUAGACAUUUCCAAGUAAUUUAUAUUAUAAAUAAUAUAUUUCACUAAUUCUGUUGGAUUUUACACCCAAAUGUAUAAAUUGCUUAAUGUAUAUCAGUGUUGUGUUUUCCUAUCUUGGCUCUGGCAAAUCGAUAUUUGAUCUUGUGUUUAAGGGCUAAUCUGUACAUUUCUGUGCAUUUACGUAAGAGAUUGUUUACGGAUCACAUCUAUUCAGAUUAUCAUCAUCAUAUUCAGAUUACUGUAAAACUUCAACACAAGAUAUUUGAACAGAAUCGAGCCCCACCACCACGUCUCUCUAAACGAUGACUGAUGCUGUUGUAAUUUAUUGCACUUCUAUCGUCUUUUAAUGAUGUAAUGUUCAAAGUGAUCUCCCUGAACUCUGUGCCUUUUGUUCUGCUGAGAAGCAAAAGAGCUUUGUGAAUGGAUUUGUGCUCAUUGUCUGUGUGCAGUUUUGUGAAAGUGAGUCUGUGUUCUGAUACAGUAAAAAAAAACUCAAAAGGCAGAUAAUUACACUUUUGUCAGCAUGAACAUUUUACAUCAAAAGUGUCAAAUCUUGCUUUGUACUUGUAUUCCUUUUUUAAUUAAAAGAUUGCCAAUCAUUACCCGCUCCAAUAGUUGAGUAAAAAGAAAGUAUAGAUAGCAUGGAUAACGUUGCAGCUAGAACCACACAUAGGAAUUCCUUUGGUUGGUAAU